UGUAAGGACUUCUAAGCCCACAAGUUUCCCCACUGAAUCUGGAGAAGUGUGGGUUUAUUUUUACUUCCCCUCGUUAGGAAACCCCGGCAUGAUCUCACACUUGAGGAGGAGAGACAGUGUGUCUGGAAAGUGAAAGUAAAGUUUCCAGGAGGAGAAUGGGUCAAAUGCGUGAUCGGAGCAGACGAACACAGGCAUCACCACAGCACGUGUGAGUCUUGACAGUUACGUUGGCAGAAUGACCUCACGGAAAUAUGUGAUCCAGCUGUUUCUCACAGUGUUCCUGAUCAUGAUCAACCUGUCAAAAGAGGGCUGUUACAACUAUUUCAACGUGAAUAAAUGGAAAGACGAUCUGAAUAAGACUUUCCCCCUCGUAAUAACUAAUGAUUUUAAGGACACAAUUGAAUGUACUUUAGAGAAAAAGUACAAACAGGAUAAUCAUAAAAGAAUAAGGGACUUGCUAAACGACUGCUUUUACAGGCAUGGAGAUUUUAACAAGUUGAUACGGACUGGAAAGUGUACGGGGGAAACUCAAAAUAUCUCCUUCUAUAACUUCAUGUGGUUGAUGGGUAAAGCUGUCGACUACACUAAAGGCUCUGAUUUAGACACCGUAUGCCAAGUGUAUAAAACAUCACCACAUACUGACAACAUAUUCGCUGAUCCCGAGACAUCUCCCAAUAAAUUCAGGGCAAACGCCGUAAUCCUGAUGCUGUUAGUGCAAUCUCUGAUCUGCAAUAUGGCCCUGUUACUGGUUGUUUACCGGUACAGGCGGCGCCAGUCACGGUGGGACAGGAAUCAGUGGGUGAGGAAUCCAACCCAUGGGUCCGAUGAAAACUUGCCAGGAGACGAGGAGUUUCAGUCUCUCUGUGUCACACAGCCCCCACAGUGUGACUUCGUCCUCACACAUUCAGCUGUUGUAAAUGGGAAUUCCGCUGACGCUGAAGAGGGAACGCAGCUUUAAGGGCCCUGCUCACAACAUCGCCUCUGUACAUUUUUAAUGCAGCGCAGCUAUGAAAUGUAACAAUGCAGAUGGAUCCCAGGAGCAUUAGCUCUAUCAGCCCUAUCAGACAGUUUGUUUUUGUUGCUCUUUAGUUUGAUAGGCGGGUCAUUAGAACAGUGUCACAACUACAGCAAAGUUGGCGGCACACUCACAGGUGUGUACGGUUUGUUGGCAGCAACACCAGCCGGGGAACCUAAUACACUGUCAUUUUAAACCGGGACAGCUCACACCUGACUGGCCCAUUGGAGUUUGUAGCUUUUUGCUAGCAGGUUUCCAAAAGUGGGUGCGAAAUGUUGCCAGGUUUAGUUUCGCAGCAGAUAAAGUUCUCUGGGCAUCAGAUGCCAAAAAAAAAGCACUGGAAUAUUUUUGUAGCUCAGUAUUUUUUGUUCAUUGCAUGCAUUGAGUUUCAUUGUGAUGUAGGUGAAGUUGAAAUGCUAGUCAUGUUCCAGAUAAAUAAUAUUUGAAAUGGAUCUUUGGUUGAGCUGCCCGGAUAUUUGUAAUUGUUUUUUUCACUGUUUUGGAAUACUUAUGAGCCUUAGUGAGUUAGUUCCAUAUGCUAAGCUAUAUCUAGUACUAAAAUGUGAUAACCAAACAAAUCCAAACAAUGGCGUUUUGACCACAUUUUUCAUAAGCUGUGAAAACAUACUUUAGUUAAUAAUAAAUAUAAAACAUAGUUAUUUGAUAGGUUUUCCCCGAGACAAACGUCAUAAAUAUGAUACAAUCUUUGUGUUUAAUAUUGUAUUUAGAGGAUCCAAUUAUAUAAAUAUGUAUAUUGUUUGGACAGGUUACCAUUUCUGUCGGCCUGACAAGUGGCAAAGCCACUUAGGGGCCCUAAAAUGUAUAACUAAAUUAUGUAACAGUCUUUUCUGCCUUUCAGAAGCAUUUUCAACAUUUUAUCAGCAAUCAGUUGAUAACAUUUGAUAGCAUUUUAUAAUCAUAACCGCAUAUCAUUUGGUUUUACAUCUGCCUCUCAUUAUAUUUGUAAUAAUGUUGUACUUACAGUUCUACAGAAACCCUGAAAAGCAAGAUGGAACAAAAAAAGUUUUUGGAUUUUAAUUUAAGUCCUACGUACGACUUCAACUUAGGUUUUGUGGGUUUGUUGGGUUUAACAGUGUAUAUAGGCUAUAUAUCAUAUGGCUCAUUAAUAUUCCCUCGCAUAUAGUCCGAUGAUGUCAUUAACGUGAAUAUUAAGUAGCCAUUUGUUCGCUAGAAGAGAGAAAAAAGAUCCUGGUUGUUUAGCAAGCUGCUGAGUUUACAAGAUAAACAGUUAGACUACAUACGAGACAUCUUUAGUUUCAGCAUGCUUGUAGCCAUUCACUAUAUGUGCUGUUCAAUGGCAGCGGAUGAGAGCAGACUGAGAUAUGGUUUGCUACAUGUACACCUGUUGAACAGGUGUAGCCUAUUGGCUCGUUUCUCUUCUUCUUCUGGCUUUUUUUCGGCUGCCUAGAUGCCUUGCGGCAAGAGUGCCCCAGAGUUAGACAAGUCCAUACAUACCCUUCUCAUCUCCGUGCGUGCUGUAAAGCUGUCUGACGUCUCCAGCGGCAUCAACCCAUCACA